AUGGCAAACGAUGCCGUUGAUGCUACAGCUCGUGUGCUGCUGUCCGAAUUCGCUGGCAAACAAUGGCAAACGAUGCCGUUGAUGCUGCACUCGUGUGCUGCUGUCCGAAUUCGCUGGCAAACAAUGGCAAACGAUGCCGUUGAUGCUACAGUUCGUGUGCUGCUGUCCGAAUUCGCUGGCAAACAAUGGCAAACGAUGCCGUUGAUGCUACGCUCGUGUGCUGCUGUCCGAAUUCGCUGGCAAACAAUGGCAAACGAUGCCGUUGAUGCUACAGUUCCUCGUGUGCUGCUGUCCGAAUUCGCUGGCAAAAUGGCGAACGAUGCCGUUGAUGCUACAGUUCGUGUGCUGCUGUCCGAAUUCGAUGGCAAACAAUGGCAAACGAUACCGUUGAUGCUACAGUUCGUGUGCUGCUGUCCGAAUUCGCUGGCAAACAAUGGCAAACGAUGCCGUUGA